GCUACUGUCAUGUAAAAUAAUGAUACCUCAUACCACAUAAUAUAAUAGUGUAGUAUUUAUAAUACGUUAUACGAUUACACUUGCCUAUAAAUUGUAAGGCAAUGGGUAAUCCACUCGAAGACCCGUCAUUACUUUUUUAUGGUAAAGAUCCUGGAGCGGCAAAAUUUGGUAAUUUUAUAAAUUACUACUCCUUCCAUAGUGUAAACGAGAGACUUCAAAAUCUUCAUCAUGAUAUGUUUCCAAUACUUCAAAACACAUCACCAAUAUUAAUAAUGGAUAUUGGAUGUAAUACUGGAGAACUUACAAUCCAACUAUAUCGAUAUUUGGAGUCUUUAUAUCCUAAUACGGAAGUACACAUUCUAGCUCUUGACAUAGAUCCAAUAUUAAUAGAAAGAGCCAGUAGAGAAAUUAAAAACAUUCUAUUUGUCUCUUGCAAUAUUAUUGCAGAUAGUGGAAAGAAGAUAAUUACCGAGUACCUUCAAAAAUUCAACAAAAAAUCUUUUGAUAUAACUUUUUGUUUCUCAGUAACAAUGUGGAUUCAUAUAAACAAUGGAGAUGAUAAGUUUAUAGAAUUUUUAAGUUUCCUUAAGACUUCUUCCAAAUGUAUAAUAAUUGAACCACAACCAUGGAAAUGUUACAAAAAUGCACAAAGAAGAAUGAAAAGAGCUGGAGCAGGGCAUCUGGCAUCGCCAUAUGGCUAUGACAAGAGUCAACCGUCAAACAGUGUGACCAUUUCAAAAAUAGCGAAUCUGCCCGAUAUUGGCAAAAAAUCUGCCAAAGCUAACUCCAGAUAAUGCCAAAAAUAUGCCAUCAUAUUAUAGCAUCUAAUGACAUUGAAGACGGGUAUGAAUAAAUAAAAUACUACUAUUCAAAGGAAUUCCUUUAUUAUUCAACUAUAAAAGUAUCAAAACUUUCUCCGCACUCUUCAUUUUCGUAAAUUGAUUUUGA